AUGCAGGGAGUCCGACGACUGAGCAAGACCCUCCGACAGGUCCGCCAAUCAUCAAGUUCUUCCCAGUUCACGAACAUUAUCCAGCGGGGCGAAGGCGAGCAUGCAGGGCAGGCUGAGGAUGACGAGAUGCUGUCAGUGCGCUCGGUCCACGAGCGGGCCUUUACGCUGUCGAACGACACCGUCGUCCCGGCGAAUCUCUUCCUGUUCAACGCCCGCGGCAUGCUCUGGAACCCUGCCCGGGACAUCUAUCCUCACCAUCCUGGCCACGCCGACCCAGCCAAGAUCGUCAGCCAGUUCAAACUCUUCGAGCUCAUCCAUCCUCGUCCGGAAAUGGUCAUCCUUGGCGCCGGCAAAAGUAUAUUGACCAUCGAGCCAGAAAAGAUCGCGGCCGUCAAGACCUACUUGAACUCGAUCGGCAUUCAACUCGACGUCCUCGACACACGGAACGGAUGCUCGAACUAUAAUCUUUUGGUCGAGGAGGGGCGCUCGGUGGCCGGCCUCUUCUUGACACUCGAGCCCGUCGACUCAAUCAGCUCCCAGCUGCUUUCCUCUGUCGAUCCCCGAAACCCAGCCCAGUCCGCCUAA